AAGCAACAGCAACAGCGCUCUCACAGUUCCGGACGCAGUAAAAGUUCUUUGUCUGCGCAACGCGAGCAGAGGCAGCGGUAGCAGCAGCGGACUGCGACGUCGGUCUACGCUGCAUGCGUUCCCCGUUCGUUGUACACAAUUCGCAGUUGUGUGUUGUUUUGUUGACAGUCACAGCAGAGUAAGAGCGCAGUAAGCAGCGCGUUGACAUCGCGAGAUAGAGUCGAGAGCCAGGCAGGCAGCAAGAAGUUGACUGCGACGUCAGCAGUGACUGCGCUGACUCGGUGUAAUAGUUGGAGUUGGUGUGUGCAAAAUACAUAAACACAUACACACAUCCACACACAUGGUAUAGUGAUGUAUGCGUGUGAGAAAUGCAAGUGCAGCUAAACAAAGCAACAGCUUACCACGCGCCAUAACAACAACAAGAGCCAAACAGUCAGUCAAACUGAGCGUUGCAACGCGGACGUCCCACAGCACACAAAAACACAAAAAAAAGGAAAGCUGCUGCUUUGGCUGCUGGUGACAUGACAAGAGAAGGAUAACGACGACGAAGGAGUUCACUAAAUCUGCAAUACAAAAUUUGUUCUUGUGCUGUUUCGGAAACAAAACAAAAGAGUAAAAAUGUCAUCGUCGGCGAAUGUGAAUAAUAAUCAACAACAACAACAACCACAACAACAAAAAGAGAGUCCAAGUCGAGACUCAACCGCAUCGACAUCGGGACACAUCUCGAUGAUGGCGGAGAAUACGCUUGAAUCGCUGUCGCGUGAUUACAGUUUGGCCAGCCUCAAUUCGGCUGGCAGCCAGGACGAGUUCUUUCGGUGUCGCGAUCAUGCGGACAGCGUUCUCAAGCGCAUGCAACUCUAUGUUGACAGCCAGCAGCUGUGCGAUGUGGUGCUCAUCGCUGGCACCGAUGGCAAGCGUGUGCCCGCUCAUCGAUUGGUGCUAUCUGCGUCUAGCGCAUACUUUUCGGCCAUGUUCACGGGAUCGCUGCGCGAGACGAAGGAACAUGAGGUGACGCUGGGCGAGGUGAACGGAGAUGCACUGCAGCUGCUGGUGCAGUAUUGCUACACAGGAUUCAUCGAGUUGCGCGAGGACACGGUGGAGACGCUGCUCGCCACCGCAUGUCUGUUGCAGCUGAAUGCUGUGGUCACCGCAUGCUGCAACUUCUUGGCCCGCCAACUGCAUCCGUCCAAUUGUUUGGGCUUUGCAUUCUUUGCGGAACAACAGAGCUGCACGACACUAUUGCGUUUGGCCCAGGCGUAUACGUGUCAGUAUUUCAUGCAAGUGUGCCAGAAUCAGGAGUUCUUUCAGCUGAAUGCCGAUCAAUUGGGCAAGCUGCUGUGCAGCGAUGAUCUCAACGUACCCUCCGAACAGGAUGUCUUCCACAGUCUGAUGUCAUGGGUGCGUCACGAUGCCCCCAAUCGGGAGCAGCACAUUGCCGAGCUGUUGGCCCUCGUUCGUCUGCCGUUGCUGCAGCCCGCCUUCAUCAUGGACCAUGUGGAGAACGUGUGCAGCUCGAACGAGUGCCAGCAACUGGUGAUGGAGGCCUUCAAAUGGCAUCUGAUGCCCGAGCGUCGAUCGAGAACCGAACGCACAACGCCACGCAAAUCGACUGUGGGACGUCUGUUGGCCGUCGGUGGAAUGGAUGUGCACAAGGGCGCCAUUAGCAUUGAGAGCUAUUGUCCGCGACUCGACAAAUGGACGCCCUGGAAGCAUAUGACCGGACGUCGCUUGCAAUUCGGUGCCGCAGUCAUGGAGGAUAAAUUGAUAUUGGUCGGUGGUCGGGAUGGGCUCAAAACGUUGAAUACGGUGGAGAGCUUGGACUUGAAUACGAUGGCAUGGGCACCCCUGAAUCCGAUGGCAACGCCACGACAUGGUCUCGGUGUUGCGGUGCUUGAGGGACCUCUGUAUGCGGUCGGUGGACACGAUGGCUGGAGUUACCUGAACACAGUGGAACGCUGGGAUCCUGUGACACGCAGCUGGAGCUAUGUGGCGCCCAUGUCAUCGAUGCGUUCCACAGCUGGCGUUGCGGUGCUCGGCGGUCGUCUCUAUGCGGUGGGCGGACGCGAUGGCACCGUCUGUCAUCGUUCCAUCGAGUGCUACGAUCCGCAUACCAACAAAUGGACUCUCCUCGCUCCAAUGAAUCAACGUCGCGGCGGCGUUGGCGUGACUGUGGCAAAUGGUUUUCUUUAUGCCUUGGGCGGUCAUGAUUGUCCGGCCAGCAAUCCGAUGGUGAGUCGCACCGAAACUGUGGAACGAUACGAUCCAGUCAGCGAUACUUGGACAUUGAUCUGUUCGCUGUCAUUGGGACGUGAUGCAAUUGGUUGUGCUCUGUUGGGUGAUCGCUUGAUUGUCGUCGGCGGGUACGAUGGCAAGAAUGCGUUGAAGAAUGUCGAGGAAUACGAUCCGGUGCGGAAUGGAUGGAAUGAAUUGGCGCCCAUGUCACUGCCCCGAGCUGGCGCAUGUGUUGUUGCCAUACCGAAUGUUAUUCCGCCAGCGGCUCCACAGCCGCCGGCCAGUGCUACAAAAAAGAAGAAGUGGAAGCCAGUUAGAUUGGAUCCAAUCUGCUAUUUGCGUCGUAGAUCCGUCGAAUUUGUCGACUACUAUCAUAUGUAAUUGUGAAAUAUAAAAUCAAAAAAAAAAACAAAACAAAAAACUAUAUAUGUAAAUUUAAGUAAACAAACAAACAAGUAAAGAAAUCAAAACAAACGAAAGCCUACACAAAAUGGUAACUUAACAAAAAACAAAAACA